AUGCACGAUAAAGAGUAUUCACUGGAUGUUGAAGCUGAAUCAAUAAUUUCAGAUCAUAGACCACUACCCGAAUGGCCCGUUAAGGAGAAGUCAGAUUUAGUGAUAUCUGAACUUCCACCCAUCUUUAAAGGAGUUACAUUUAAUAUAAUCACAUCAGUAAAAGUUAGUGUUAUUGGAAAAAUUAGUACGUAG